AGCAUUUAUUUUUGAGUCAGCUGCAUUUCUUAAGACUGUAACAACGAAAGGCAUUUCCUGAGAAACUCCAAGGAUGAGCAGCAAGAAAGAACAACAGCUAACGAAAUAUGGGACCCUUGUAGUGUUUUUUAUCCUGCAAGUUCAGAUUUUUGGUUUUGAUGUUGAUAAUCGACCCACAACAGAUGUCUGCUCUACACACACAAUUUUACCUGGACCAAAAGGGGAUGAAGGUGAAAAGGGAGACAGAGGAGAAGUAGGCAAACAAGGAAAGGUUGGACCAAAAGGACCAAAAGGAAACAAAGGACCAGUGGGCGAUAUUGGUGACCAGGGAAUGCUUGGUAAAAUUGGUCCAAUUGGUGGAAAGGGUGACAAAGGAGCCAAAGGCUUACCAGGGGUUUCAGGAAAAAAAGGAAAAGCAGGCACGGUCUGUGACUGUGGAAGAUACCGCAGAUUUGUUGGACAACUGAAUAUCAAUGUUGCUCGUCUUAACACAUCCAUCAAGUUCGUGAAGAAUGUUAUAGCAGGUAUCAGGGAGACAGAUGAGAAAUUCUAUUACAUUGUGAAAGAAGAGAAGAAUUACAGAGAAGCCUUGAUCCACUGCAGGGACAGAGGAGGAUCACUGGCCAUGCCUAAAGAUGAGGCAACAAAUGCCUUGAUUGCUGACUACAUCUCCAACAGCGGCCUGUUCCGAGCCUUCAUUGGGCUGAAUGACAUGGAAAGAGAAGGACAGUUUGUGUAUGCAGACAACAGCCCACUGCAGAACUACAGUAACUGGAAGCAAGGGGAGCCUCAUGACCCAGCUGGUCACGAGGACUGUGUGGAAAUGCUCAGCACAGGAGAGUGGAAUGACUCUGAGUGCCAAGUCACCAUCUACUUCGUCUGUGAAUUCCUCAAGAAGAGGAAAUAAAAGAGCCAGAGAAUGUGCCUGGCACCUGCUGUACAUACAAUAACCCAUCCUUAUUCAUUUAUGGUAGGCAGAGUAAAUUAAGGACAGGAAACCAGGAACAGGGCUCAACCCAGCCUUCACAUCACUGGGCUAAGCAAGAGUAACUACUGUUUAGUCAUCAGUAACCGUAAAGUCAGCACGGGUCUGCAGGGGGCAUCCAGACAGUUGUGAAUUUUUAUUUCAUUUCUACAUGCAUUUUAGGGUUGGUAUUUCUGUGUAAUUUAGGGGUAAAUUUAGAGCAUGCAGAAGUGAAUAUAAUUUCACCAGUUCCAGAAAUAGUAAGAUCAUUGGUAUAGGAAGUACUGAUGUGGUUUGUGAAGUCCACAGAUGGAAAGAGCAUGACCUUCAUUAAUCUCUGACUUGCAUAGGGAGUCCUAGUAAUUUCCCUUAUGACUUCAGAGCUCAAAGUAAAGGUUUUAAGUAUCUCUUGAAAAAAAUCCUUCUUUUGUUAGAAUCAUAAUUUGAGAUGGAAGGUAUCUCUUGAGGUCAUUUGGUUAAAUCUUGCAUGCAAAGUAGAACCAACUUCAAACUUAGAAGUUGUUAUACCCUCGUUAAUUUGGCUGUGGAAUUAUAUUGCCUGAUAGACGUUUAUCUGGUCUUCUGCAAAGCCUUUGACACGGUUCCCUACAAUAACAUUCUCUUUAAAUUGGAGAGAUGGAUUCAUUGGGUACACUGUAAGGUGGAUAAACAACUGGUUAGAUGGUCGCAUCCAGAGGGUGUUGGUCAAUGGCUCAGAGUCCCAAUGGACAUCAGUGACAAGGGAUGUCCCUCAGGGAUCUGUACUGGGACCAGCACUAUUUAAUAUCUUCAUUGUUGACAUAGACAAAGGCAUGAAGUGCACCCUCAGCACAUUUGCAGAUGGCACCCAGCUGAGUGAUGCAGUUCACACACCUGAAGGGUGGGAUGCCACUCAGAGGGAUUUGGAUGCCAUGAGGGAAGUGGCCCAUGGGAACAUUAUGAGGUUUAACAAGACCAAGUGCAGUGUGCUGCACUUGAGUUGGGGCAACCCCUGGAAUCAGCCCAGGCGAGGGAUGAAGCCCUGCCCAGCAGGAUUGGGGGUGCUGGUGGAUGGGAGGCUGGACGUGAGCCAUCAAUGUGCACUCACAGGCCAGAAAGCCAAACAGGUCCUGGGCUGCAUCCAAAGCCCUGUGAUUCUGCCCCUCUACUUUGCUCUGGUGAGGCCCCACCUGCAGUGCUGUGUCAGUUCUGGGGUCCCCAGCACAGAAAGGCUA